AUGGAUUCCAUGAUAACUGCUCAAUACUUCAUCAAACAGAGCCAGUUCCGACAUCAUUACACAGUCACCCUCCCUGGCAACAGGCAACUCUACCAUGUGCAGAAUUCUGGGUUCACACCAGGCAAGCCAGAUUUAACCUUCCACAAAAGUACGGACACCAGUGGCCCCAUCGCGGGGGUUGUCAAAUUCCGACAUUUCUCCAGUGAUGCAGAGAUCGGCCUUGGCGACCCAAAACAACCCAAGGUCAAGGAAAUCCUGCACAAAGAGGGCUUUUUCAAGAAAGCGCAUUGGUUCCGCAUGACGGCUAAAGACGGAGCACAGACUUUCACUUGGAAACGCACUCAUUCUCUUGGCCGUGGGUCUGAAUGGUACAAACUUGUUGAGGAGAGUACUCAGUCUGUUGUGGCUGUCCUCUCGGCGGGCUCUCUGGUCAAAGGGAAUGGGAAUAUUGAUAUUUAUGUCCCCCUGGGUGAGCAGUUUUACCAGAUGACGCUUUUUACUGGGAUUGCGGUGGUCGAGAAGUCAAGGAGACAGAGAAGUUCCGCAGCUGGAGCUGGUGGAGGUGGAGGUGGAGGAUGUUAG